CGUUGGCGUCAUCGAUGAUGUAAUGCAGCCGGAGCUGGCCGGUAGUCAUCCUCCUCCUAGUUUAGGGAAGAUACCCUCGCCCGUUUGUCAUCCGACAACCUGUCGCAGACAUGGCUUCCAAAUCAUCUAACCUAGUUAACGUUAAGCUAGCAGCGUUAUCCCCCCUGGCCUGCUUUGCUCAUCCUAACCACAGCUAGCUUCAGCGUUAAAGCCUGUAGCUACCAUGCUUCUUUCUGACAUCUGACUUCACAGAGGACCAGAUCAUGGAAUUCAAGGAGGCUUUCCUCUUGUUCGACCGGACGGGUGAGGGGAAGAUUACGUACAGCCAGUGUGGUGAUGUCAUGCGAGCCCUUGGUCAGAACCCCAUCAAUGCUGAGGUGCUCAAAGUCCUGGGAAACCCCAAGUUAGAAGAGAUGAACUACAAGAUGCUGGACUUUGAACAGUUCCUGCCCAUGCUUCAGGCUAUCGCUAAGAACAAGGAUCAGGGCUCCUUUGAGGACAUAGUAGAGGGUCUGCGUGUCUUUGACAAGGAGGGAAACGGCACCGUGAUGGGAGCAGAGCUACGUCAUGUACUCACUACACUAGGUGAGAAGAUGACAGAGGAGGAGGUGGAGACUCUUCUAGCAGGGCAUGAAGACGCUAACGGCUACAUAAACUAUGAAGAACUUGUCCGGAUGGUGAUGAGCGGUUGAGGAUGUCAGAUUCACACAUCUCCAGCUUUGAUUUUAAUCCUAAAUGUCUUUGUUUUGUUUGUCUCAAAUUUCCUUCCAUCCAGUUGUCCUACCUCCUACAAGUCUGUGUGUUGGUUCUCUUUUUUUUAUACAUCUGUUACAUUUUUAAGUGCCUUUUCUGUCUAAUGUGAAUAAACCCGUUCAUCUCAUUCUCCAAACAGUGUUAAAUCUCACAGGCACAACUGUACACUCUCCUGAUGAUUUCACGUGCUCCGUUGUUUUCAGUCUUGUUUUUAGUUACUUCUUUUUGUUUGGGUGGAUAUGAUAAUGUGAAAUGUAACAUUUAACAGUGUUAAAUAAAAGUCCUUGUUUCCAAAGUGUC